CAGCCAACACGAAAAGUCCAAAAAACCCCAAAAAAACAGAAAUGAAGAUGAUUGAGCUCGUGUUCAUACCUUCGCCGGGAAUCGGCCAUCUCCUGCCAACAGUGAAGCUAGCAAAGCAACUCAUCAGCAGCAACGACGAUCUCUCCAUCACCGUAAUCAUCAUACCUUCCAGAAACGACGCCGGUGAUGCAACCGCCUAUAUCGCAUCCCUCACGACGGAGUCUCAAGAUCGCCUCCGUUACGAACCCAUCUCCGUCGUAAAAGAACCACCAACCGCCAAUCUAGAACCGUCUCAAGUCUACAUCGAGAAACAAAAACCAAAAGUGAGAGACACAGUCGCCAAAAUCAUCACUCCAACACGAAAACUCGCUGGAUUCGUGGUCGACAUGUUCUGUUCUUCAAUGAUCGAUGUAGCUAACGAAUUCGGAGUUCCGUGUUAUAUGGUCUACACAUCAAACGCUACGUUUCUGGGAAUCACACUUCACGUUCAACAAAUGUACGACGACAAGAAGUGUGACGUCAGCGAUUUGGAUGAGUCAGUCAACGAAUUGGAGUUUCCGUGUUUGACACGUCCUUAUCCAGUGAAGUGUCUUCCUCAUAUCCUCACUUCAAAGGAGUGGUUACCAUUUUUUGUAGCUCAAGCUAGAUUUUUCCGGAAGAUGAAGGGUAUUUUGGUAAAUACAGUUGCUGAGCUUGAGCCUCAAGCUUUAAAAAUGUUUAAUAAUGUUGAUCUUCCUCAAGCUUAUCCUAUUGGACCAGUGUUGCAUCUCGAAAACGGUGAAAAGGAAUCGGAGAUUUUGCGGUGGCUCGAUGAGCAACCGCCGAAAUCUGUUGUGUUUCUAUGUUUUGGGAGCAUGGGAGGUUUCACUGAGGAGCAAACUAGAGAGGUAGCUGUUGCGUUAGAUCGAAGUGGUCACCGGUUUCUUUGGUCUCUCCGUCGUGCAUCGCCGAAUAUAAUGAUGGAACGUCCCGGAGAUUACACGAAUCUUGAUGAGGUUUUACCGGAGGGGUUCUUGGAGCGGACGUCGGAUAGAGGGAAAGUGAUAGGAUGGGCACCACAAGUGGCGGUGCUAGAGAAACCGGCGAUAGGAGGGUUUGUUACUCAUUGUGGUUGGAACUCGAUGCUAGAGAGCUUGUGGUUUGGUGUUCCGAUGGUGACGUGGCCGCUUUACGCAGAGCAGAAGGUUAACGCGUUUGAGAUGGUGGAGGAGUUGGGGUUGGCGGUGGAGAUACGUAAGUGUAUUAGAGGUGAUUUGUUGUUGGUCGGAGAAAUGGAGACGGUUACGGCGGAGGAUAUAGAGAGAGCUAUCAGGCGUGUGAUGGAGAAGGAUAGUGAUGUAAGGAAUAGAGUGAAGGAAAUGGCUGAGAAGUGUCACGGGGCGUUAAUGGACGGUGGAUCUUCGAAGACGGCUUUGGAAAAGUUUAUUGAAGACGUUUUAGAGAAUGUGGAUUAAAUUGGAUAAAGAGACGCACUCACA